GCGCCACCGCCAGAGCACAGGUGGGGAGAAGACAGCCACGGACAUCGCCAGCAUAAAAUUACGUGUCACGGCGGACUCGCUAUGAACCAGCAUUAAACCUUGUACUUCCGUGUCCAAGCGCUAGAUUCGCAGGAGCACCUCGACCACCGAGAUCAGCACACAUCGAAAAUGGCAAAGAAGUCCAAGAAGCGGCCGAACCGCAACAGCAAGAGUAGCGGGCCGGCCAACAGGGCCAAGCAGGUCCAGCUACUCCAGAAACAGCAACAGCAGCAACAGCAACAGCAGCAGCAGCAAGAGUCACCGCCACCAGCGCUGGGACCAAAGGCAGGGCGGGGCAAGUACGCCAAGUCGAAGCCAUCGCAAGCUCCUCCCGGCUCCGGUCUCAAUCGUGGCGGCGUUGCGGGCGAGUACGUGGGCCCGUUGACGAAGGCCUUCCGGAAGGUGCUGCUGGAGAUGGCGGGAGAAGGCCCUGUAGGGGGCAGGCGAGGGGCCUACAGCCCGAAGACAUUGCUAUCGGCACUCCAGAGGGUCCACCCGUCCUUCAGGGGCUACCACCAGCACGAUGCGCAUGAGGUGUUCAUACGCCUGGUGGGUACUCUCGAGGAUGAGGAAGACUCCUUCAUCGCAAAGCGCCGGCAAGAGGAGAAGGAAGCGGAGGAGGAGGAGGAGGAGGAAGAGGAGGAAGAAGAGGAGGAGAAGGAAAAGGGGUGUACGGGAGGGGGCAACAAAGGCGGAGGCAACCCUAGGCAUGGGAUCGAGCACACGAAUAGUGUCGAGGGCGGCAGGGGCAACUCUAUCGGGCAAGGCAAUGCGGAUAGCACUGUGGCAGAUCCAGCAGCGUGUCAGUCGCCAAGGCUGCCGACCGAAGGCGAUUUGGCCCGCGACAGCAGCAAUGGGGGCGCCGUAGUAUCGUACGUGGAUGGUGCUAGCGGGGAGGAGAAAGUGGAGGUGGCGAAGCUGGGCGCUCAAGAUGAAGGGCCUGCGGCCGUGUGUGCGGAAGGCUUGAAGGAGCAUGGUGCACCGCUUGAUGCGGCUUUGCCGGAAGCGGGCUCCGCAGUCGCGGCCGAGAAUGGAGAAAGUCACCCAAACAGCGAAGGAAAGGAUUUUGCCGAUGACGAUGCAGCUGAAAACCCUUCCUCCUCUGUGUGGACGAACCUAGGUUCUGAUGACGGAGGGACGGACGAAGCUCGCGUAGGGAACGGCAAGGCCACCCGGAAAAUAUAUGACCAUGGCGCGGGAGCAGGGGCGACGCGAGCCGAAAGUGCUACUCCUACCCGUGAAGGUGAAGAGCAGGUCAUGGAGCUGCCUGGGGCGGAUCAGGCACCAAAGGUAGGACGAAUGGAGCCCACUUCCGCGAAAAGAAGACGCAAGAGCAAAGAGUCGCAGCUGCGUGGCGGCGGCGAUAGAGACGCAGAUUCAGAGACGAGCACCGACGACGGCGAGACGACCGAUGCCGGUGAUCACGACGACGAUGACGAUGACGAUGACGACGGCGGCAGCAGCGGCGGCGAAGCCGAUGGUGCCCCUACCGGCAGCCCACCGCAAACGCUGGCCGGUGCAUCGACGCCAUCCGCUGAAGUGGUCGCCGUGGGGACUGGAAAGGAAAAGGAGAAGGACAGAGGAAACGAGGAACAUCAAAUGGAGUCAUCGACAGCGGUAGACUCAGCGGCGCCGGUAGUACCGCAACGAGCCGCUGUGACGGAGGUGUUCGGCGGAACGAUAUGCUCGGUGGUUACGUGCGGCAGCUGCGGCGGGCGUUCUUUCUGCACCGAGCCGACCGUCUGUCUGAGCCUCGAGAUCCCGUUGAAGCCUAGGGUUCUUUCAAAGGCGGCCCUGGCCUUCAUUGCGAAGAAGAAGGCGGCCGCAGCAGCAGCCGCAGCCGCAGCAGCAGCCUCCGCCGCCUCCGCCGAAGAAGCGUCACCUGGACUGGGAACGGCAGUCACGGAUAGCAUCGCCUCAGAGGAGCGGCCAGCGCCGGGUUUUACCGGUGGUGGCAAGGAUGGUGACAGCAGGACUGGGCCAGUGCCAGACGAAGACGGGGUGGACGAUUCCGAGGGUUUUCAGCUGUCUGCCAAGCAGAAAAGAAAGGUCGCUCGGCAGGAGCGCGAAAAGUGGCGGUUGAUGGAAGCUGAGGCGCAAGCGAGGGAAGGCACCGGUGGUGGCGCUGCGGAUGGCACAGGGCAAGGGGGUGGUGACGAGACCGCAGAAGCAGCGGUGGACAAACCCGCACAUGAGACGCCGCAGGACGAACGAGAGGAAGUGAGGAAAUGCCUCGAACACGUUCUGUCGGAGUGCACCGCUGCCGCAAGCAGUGCUUCUGAUGCAGGCCGGAACAGCGAGAGUGUGACUAUUCUUGCGACGGGGGUGGACUCUGGGGUAGCGGCGACGAAGCAGGCCUCAGAGCCUAGCGGCACUGACCUGGGCGUCGAAGGAGAAGACGGGGCGUCGGAGGCUCUUUUGCCGAGUUUCCAGCUCUCGGCAAAGGAGCAGAAGAAGAUUGCUCGCCAGGAGAAGAUUGGGAGGCAGCGUUCGGCCGAAGCUGAGGCAAAGGCGUGCUUGGAAGAGAAGCGAAGAAACGCCUCUCAGACCCCGCGGCACGAAGAGGGCGAGACCGCUGGUCGGGGCGGAGAGGUUGUCGAUGCGAUCGCUUCGAUGGCAGCGGGCUCCGACGAAGGGUCUGCUGCGGAUGGGACCGAUGUGGAGGCUGUGGUGGCUGCAGAAAAGCCGAGAGGCCAAGAAGAAGGUCAAGAGGCGGCGGUGGUAUUGGAUGGGACACACACAAGUGGCAGCGCAGGAAACACGGGUCUCGCUUCAAUGACGCCGAAACCGACGGACUCGGCCGUCCCUGGUGCGGAAAGCUUGGGGUCCUCGGGUCACGAGAGUUGGAACGGUGUCACUUCCAUACCGCAUUCGACAAGUCGAGCCGCGGGUGUUUGCGAGCGAGUUGAUUGGAACGGGGGAAGCGUUGACGCCGGUUCGCCGCCGCCGCCGCCGUCUUAUGAAAACUCUUUCGCCGGAAUCGCUAACUGCGGACAGGUUGGGCAAGGGACGGGAGCAGUAGCUGGGACCGCUAGCAAUGGGCAAGAGCAACAAGCGGCGGACAUGGGGCUUCGAGAUAGAUUCGAAGCGGACGGCAAUCUGGACGGUGCGGGACCUUUCUGCUCGUCAGGCAGCCUUGGCGGUUGCACAACCGGCGACACACAAGGAAGCAUCGACGUUUGCGAGGACGGUCGGAGCGCCUUUGGCAGCGAGUGCAGCGAAGGAAAUGGCAAUGACAAGAAGCACGAGGAGAGCGCAGUGGCUCCUACCAACGCGUUGUCCAAGUAUCUCGAUGGGUCGGACGGGUUGGGGUCGGAGGCAGAGAGGAAACGUCAGCGUACAAACUCGCGGGCUCCAGACUCGACUACGGCUUGUCUCGAGGGGGGCGACGUGUCGGUAGAGGGUAAGGCAGUUGGUGUGGAACGCAGCCGGGAGUCGCAGUCAGCAGGCGGCGGUGCUGUGGCGGACGAGAACGGCGGAGAUAAGCAUGCGGACAGCAGCGUCACUGACUCUCCUGCCACCGCAUCACCCCCCGGUGCCGCCGCCGCGGUCCCGCGGGAUCCUCUGGACCGCCUUCAGGAGCCGUCGGCACGAAAGAAGUUAGAAAGGAGACACGACCCCGACGGGAUCGAUCUCUACGGGUGCCUGGAUCACUUCAUGGCGGAGGAGGAAUUGGUUGCGGCGGACGGUAACGGUUACCACUGUGAGAGCUGCAGUUCUCGCGAAGAGGCGGUGGCGGCGGCGACCGGCGGCGAGGGGGGCGUGAAGGCGAAGGAGGGAGCGACUAGGAGCCACCAGAACGCCCGCAAGCGUCUCCUGAUGCUCGGCCAGCCGCCCGGAGUGUUGGUGUGCCAUCUCAAGCGCCUUCAGGCGAAGAAGAAAAUCAUUAGGCGCGUUGAGUUCCCCAUCGAGCUGGACAUGACCCCGUACUUCUGGCUCGACCCCGAUGCACCGCUCUCUCCGAAUCAUACACGGUACUGCCUGAGCGGUCUCGUUCAACACCGCGGCAGCCGAUUCGGCGGACACUACAUCGCCUACGUCCGGGAUCGUGACGGCUGGAAGCACGCGAGCGACAGUGACAUCAGAACGGCAACUCUCCCAGAAAUCAAGGCUUGCGAAGCGUACAUGCUCUUCUACGAGCGCUGCGACCUGAUCGAUCCGGUUGUGGCGGAUGCAGCUGACGGUAGCGUUGGCAGCGUCAGCGAUGGUGGAGUCGACCAACCGGAUGGACGCGAGAGGAAAGCGGUCGAAAACGCGGGGGAACUUGGUGUAGAAGCUCUAGACAAGGCGAAGGCGAACGAAAAGGUGGAGGGAUCCGGUGUAGACGUGCUAGACGGGGCGGACGAAAAUGCCGAAGAAGCUAGUGUACGCGUCCCUGAGAAGGCGGACGAGCAGGCGGGGGAGCCUGGUGCAGAAGCGCUAGACGAGGUGAACAAAAAGGCGGAGGAAUCUGGUAUGAAAGUGCGGAAAAAGGCGGGGGAGUCUGGUGUACAAACCCUAGAUGAGGUGAACGAAGAUGCGAAGGAAGUCGGUGUAGAUGUACUGGACGAGGUGGAAAAAAAUGAGGGGGAACCUGGUCGACAAGCGCUCGACGAGUUGGAGGGCGAAACAGCGGCUGUUCCCGUAGGCGCGUGCGAGGGUCAGGAGGGAGGCGGAGUCACUUACCCUUCAGGAGAGGGGAAGGGGGAGCGAAAGGAUGAGAGCGUCAUUUCUGUUGCUGAGAAGAGCAACGAGGCAGCCGUUGCCGCCAGCGCCGCUGCAGUUGCUGCAGUAGACGAGAAGGGUGGAAGAUCCGGCGCCUCCACUGGCGAGCAGGACCAAGAGCAAAAGGCCGAGCCUGUGACUAGUUCCGACGGACGGAGUGAGGCAGAGGCGAGCGGGGGAGUUCAAGUUUAGGGUAUUUUCCUCGCCGCCUUCACCGCAAAAGUACCAUACCAGCAUCAAGAUCUGCGGUGGGGAACUUGUCCGGAGGAACGGCUAUGGCAAGGGGUGCUGUCGUCGGUCGCUGGUGUGCAGCAGCAGCAGCAGCAGCAGAAGAUAGAUAGAUAGACUGCGCGAGGUGGCGACGAGAAGUUGGGAACAUAUUCCCCCGGAGUCUCUCUCCACCGCCACCCUUGAGCUCGAGAGUUUUGCUACGGGAUGGAAGUGGAUCGAACGGCGCCGGGUGUUGGUGGAUUUAGGCUGCUGCGUGCAGUUAGCCGAGGUCGCGUGCUGGUUGUCGGCAGCAGAGGCUGUCUGUGGUACGUGCGAUAUGGGUUGGUGCUGGCGCUGGGGGACUUGAGUGCAGUGGGUUACAAAGGGCAGAUAAUUUUAUGGGAGGAAAUACGUUGGGGAAGCAAGAAUCGAUCUAUCUGAUCGAAGAGGUCAAGACAGAUGGGUGUUAUACGAACCGGGUGCGUGUACCCGUGUGUGGUUGGUGGAUGCGUAAAGUGAUGCGUGUUUUCCAUGUAACUCCGUUGGUGUUGUUUUCGUAGCUUCUUCGCGGGUGGAAGAGAGCGAGUAGUUUUAUCUUUUUGGGUUCGGUGCUUGUUGCCACCCGUGCGUGGGGGAAAACGCAGGUUUACGGUGGUAAGCGUGCUUCUCGGGUAGCUAUAACUUAUGCUGGGGCUUUGCGACCACUAUCGUAUGUUGUUGCCUGCACCGUCUUUGGUUCAAUAGCUCACAAAGCUUCGGGCAGACUUUUUUCUGUCCUUUUGUUCCAUCGAUGGGCUUUGUUUCUUCGUUUGUUCGUGUAUUGUUUUGCUAUCUUGACUUAGCGUUUUGUGGGGUGGCCAGAGUCCACAACGUGUCAUAUCCCCUAAGCAGUGGAAUGAUAUCUUCCAUCGCAAAGGGAACAAAAGGGACGUUGACAAUAAUAACAAUUUGUAUUGAUAUUAGACAUGAAGCGUCACCUGCAUAGAGAGAGAUGAUGCCAAUGACAACCGUGAAGCUGCAACGCACGUUUCUCCCGUAGCCACAAACACAUUUUUUGGGCGUUGUUGAAAGUUGGUCGAUUGACAUAUAGGGGCAAGCCCCGACAGUGCGCAGAGAGAAGGUAUGUACAAACAAGAUAUUGGUAUGCUUGGUAGUUUUUUUCGACGCCACGGGAACAAACCAAAUCGAAGCACAGAGAUGGGGGCAAGUUUCGCCACAUUGUUGUCGUUUGGGUUGCAUGUGGUUCUCAUGCCACACACGGCGGAAUUGCUAAGACUGCACAGCACGCGCAUGUGGAACGGCCCGUGGUUUAGAUUUUUCGGGAGAACGGAUCCUCUGGAAAUUCGUCCUGUCAUGUCGCCGGUCUCUCUUUCGCUGAGCUAGCUGUUUGGCCCAAUCGCGGCUGUUGGUUUUUGUUUAUUCUCUGCCUAGUCGCUGAUGGACAUGCAUCGACACACGUUGCCCAAAGUGCCUCUCAGUCUGUAGUCGGUGUUUGAAGAACUUUCCCACAGCUCCAAGAGCUUGCCCAGGUAGAAGACCAGCCGCAGGUUAACACCCUGCAGCUGUGCCUAGGCCUUGAAUCAUAUCAUGUGGUAGGGUCAUGGGAUGCACCAAGAUUUGCGCCAAGUAGAGGGGCCCCGGUUGUUGUAUACCCUGAAUAUAUCAAGUCGGUUCACGUUGAAAGAUUGUGUUCAGGUAUAAUGAGAAAAUGGGUGGAACGUGCGAUGAUGCACAUCGGGGAGGGUGCGUCUAACACAUGUGGGCAAGGCGACGCUGUUCCGGAAUCGGGGUGUUGCCCAGAACAGCUUGUACGAACUUGUCAUCCAAUCUCUGAAUGAGGGAUAAAUAUAGAUGUAGAUGACCCGCU